GUCUCUUCUCCAGCAGCUGAAACCCUACACCUCUUUUCUCACUUUCGAUUCAGUACGAAUCUUAGUUGCAGGUUAGUUGAGGAAGAAUCAAGUGGAGAAAUGAGUGGCACGCGAUCUUCGUUUACGGAAGUCGGCAGGAUGCGUUUUCAGCCGCCUUUCACUCCGUCACAGUUGCAGGAACUUGAACAUCAAGCUCUGAUAUACAAAUAUAUGGUAGCUGGAGCGCCUGUAUCAUCAGAACUCCUUAUUCCGAUCCUUCAGAGCCUCGAUUCAUCAUCGCCUAGGUUCUUUCACCACUCGUCUGUCGGUUACUCUUCCAAUUUUGGAAAGAAACUUGAUCCAGACUUAGGUAGGUGCAAGAGGACGGAUGGAAAGAAAUGGAGGUGUUCAAAGGAUGCAACUCCAGACUCCAAAUACUGUGAACGUCACAUGAACAAAGGCCGUAACCGUUCAAGAAAGCUAGUGGAAUCUCAAACAAACUUUAAAUCUCCACCAACUGUGGUAUCGAGCUAUGGUGGUAGUAAUGUAGGGAGCAGCAGUUUUCAGAAUCUGCUUGGGUCUUCCAUCGUUAAUAAUGAAGAUGACUCGUUAUAUAGAAGCAAUGUAUUGAAACUUCAGAUGGAAUGUCUUGCAUAUGACACUACAGAUAAGGAACAAAGAUAUUUGCAUGGAGAGGAGCUUUUGCCUGAUGCAUUCAAAAACACAUCUUCUGUUGUAGACUCGGGAAACCCUAGAGUUCAUAGCCUAGACUCUAACUUCGACAACACAUGGAAUCUUAUGCCCUUUUCUAACAUGAGCCCACAAUCAAAUCCAGGGAAUAUAGUCUCCAAUCUUAAAGAAGAAGAUGAGCAUCAUGGCAUGAGAACAUUCUUGGACAACAAUUGCCUUCCCACUUCCACAAAGGGUUUAUUAUGGCCAAACUUUGAAAACACAUUCUCCAACACUCAAUUAUCCAUCUCGACGCCAGUAGCCUCACCCGAGCCAUCUUCUCCAUAUAAUGAUGCAGAUGCAUGAAGGCGUCUUCUCUAUCUCUAUUUCGGUACGAGUAUAACUGGUAAUUCAAUUUUUUUGGUUUGCAAAUUCUAUUACCAUUUUAUAACUCUUUCGUUUGUUAUCGGUUUUAUCACUAUGUUGUACUGGUAUUUCUAAAAUAUUAUUGGAACCUGCCUUUUUGUU